GUACAGCAGAGCGGCCACGGGGGUGACGUUGAUGCCCAUCAGCACUUUCCGGUCGAUAUCCUCCAGCUGGAUGUUGCUGUAUUUCACUUCCCGGUACGUCUCGUCGUAGUGUAGGAUCAGCUGCAUCUGUAAGAGGCCUGCAGCGGGGAGGUCCUGUGGUUGUCACCCUCCAGCCACAGCUUCCCCCGGGCAUCCCCCCCUCCCCUGCCCCCCAGGUGCCCCCCUGGCACGCUGUGGCGGGCAGGGCCGUACCCAGGUAGAUGCCGUAGGUGAGGGUGCCGGCCAGGCUGGCUGCCAGCACGUUCUUGACCACCCCGAGGCGUUUGCGGCGGAAAUACUUCUGCUCCUCCUCCUCCUCGUUGUAGUCCAGGUUGGCGCCCACAAAAUCGUCCAGCUGUGGAGGGGGGCGUCAGCCACCCCCGGCCCAGGCUGUCAGCCCUAGGCAGGGUCGCCCUGGUCCCCACGAGUGACAUUCCCCCCUCCCACCCUCUGACCUCACCUGUGUCUCCGGCCCCUCGCUGCCUGACCCAUUGCCUGCCGCUGCCUUGGCUUCCUCCUGGUAGCAGCUGAGGUCUUUCUCCAUCGCUGCCUCUGGGAGAAGGGGGGGGGGACUGGGAGCUUUCAGGGCUGGGGUGGCCCUGCCGGCACCCCAAAACCCUGCCCCUGUGUGUCCUGUACCCCCAGAGCUGCGCCCGUGUGCCCGGCGCCCUCAGACCCCGCACACACGUGUUUUGCGCUCCUCUGUCCCGCACCCCCAGACCCACCACCCGUGUCUUGCAACCCCCCCCCACGCCCUUGCACCCCAGUGCCCAGCAGCCCCAGCCCCCCUCAGCCCUGUGCCCAGCACCCCCAGCCCUGUGCCCAGCCCCCCUCAGCCCCCCCCAGCCCCUGCCCCCUGGGUACCUGGUGCCGGAGCUGCGCGGGGCGGAGCGGGAGCCGCUUCCUCUUUCGGAUCGACCGGGCGGGCGGGACGGGGAGGGGGUUAAAGGAGCCGCUCCCGUCCCUUGUCGCCCCCAGGACACCCUGACCACUCCUGCACAGCACCCGUUGCACCCUCCAGCUCCCUGACUUCCCCUUGCACAGCACCCGCUGCACCCCUGCAGCACCCUGACCCCCCGCACCCACUGCACUUCCCAACACCCUGUCCCCACCCCCAUCCGCUGAACCCUGCCUCCAGCACCCUUAACCAUGCCCCCUGGCACCCUUUGCACCCCUCCAACACCCUGACCCCCCCCCCCCUUCCAGCACCCACUGCACCCCUCCAUCACCUCCACCCCCUCCACAUCCAUUGCACUCCCCCCAGGACCCUGAUCCUCUCUGCCAUCCAUUGCACCUUUGUGGGUGUCUCAGCGUCACCGUGCUCGCAGACAGCUCCGACAUGCAGCAGCCCCUGGAGCUCCCCGGGCAGCAGCCCCCGGGCCACGGCGACGCCGGGAAAGCCACCGGCUGCGUAGGGGGCGUCAGCAAGGGGCCGCUGAUGAGCAGCAUCGGAUGUGGCAACCCCUACGCGGGGCUGGUGAGCUGCCUGCGUGCAGCCUGGCUCUCGGGGAAGACGCGGCCCAUGGAGUACAGGGUGGCUCAGCUGGAGGCCCUGGGGCGCUUCUUGGAGGAGAAGAAGCAGGACAUCCUGGAGGCCAUGGCUGCAGACAUGGGCAAGCCGUCCUUUGAGGCUUACUUCACCGAGAUCCUCCUCUGCAAGAAUGAGCUCAACAGUGCCCUGAACAACCUGUCCCACUGGAUGAAGGACGAGCACGUGGACAAGAGUCUGGUGUUGCAGCUGGACUCGGCCUUCAUCCGCAAGGACCCGUACGGGGUGGUGCUCAUCAUCUCCCCCUGGAACUACCCCAUCCACCUCUUCCUGGUGCCCCUCAUCGGGGCCAUCGCUGCCGGUAACUGCGUCAUCAUCAAACCCUCUGAGAUAGCCAAGAACACUGAGAGACUCAUUGCUGAAGUUCUGAGCUGCUACUUGGACAAUGACUGCUUUGCUGUGGUGACUGGUGGAGUGCAGGAGACCACCAGGCUGCUGGAGAACAAGUUUGACUACAUCUUCUUCACCGGCAGCCCCUCGGUGGGGAAGGUGGUGAUGAUGGCUGCCGCCCGGCACCUGACGCCGGUGACGCUGGAGCUGGGGGGCAAGAACCCCUGCUACGUGUCCGACUGCUGCGACGUGCAGAACGUGGCGCGGCGCGUGGCCUGGGGCCGCUUCUUCAACGCGGGGCAGACCUGCGUGGCACCCGACUACGUGCUCUGCAGCCUGGAGACGCAGGAGAGGCUGAUGCCCGCCCUGCGCCAGGCCAUCACCGAGUUCUUCGGCUCCAACCCCCGAGACUCGCCCGACUUGGGCCGCAUGGUCGGGGAGGAGCAGUUCCGCCGCGUGCGGGCGCUGCUGGGCAGCGGCCGCCUGGCCAUCGGCGGACACACGGACGAGCGGGAGCUCUACAUCGCCCCCACGGUGCUGGCGGACGUGCUGCCCACCGAGCCUGCGAUGCAGCAGGAGAUCUUCGGGCCCGUCCUGCCCAUCGUCGUCGUGGGCAGCAUGGACGAGGCCAUCGACUUCAUCAACAGCCGCGAGCGGCCGCUGGUCAUCUACGCCUUCUCCUCGGACAGCAAGGUGGUGAACCAGGUGCUGGAGCGGACGAGUAGCGGCAGCUUCUGCGGCAACGACACCCUGAUGCACGUGACACUGACCUCGCUGCCCUUCGGUGGCAUCGGUAGGUCCAGACCCCACAACCUGCCCCUGGCCAGCGGGGUGGGAUCCUGCCCCUGGGGCCUGAGCCACGCUGAGUCAGGGUCCUGGGGAGAUGUGGCACCCUGUGUCAGCCCUUGCAGCCCCAUUUCUGCUGCUCUCCUGUGGAGCUCCACGAGGUUCCUCCCUCUCCCUGUUUGCUGUCCCAAGCUCAACGUUCUCCGAGUAUGUGCAACGAAAAGGUUGGGAAAGCUGCACCACUUGGUGGUUUCUCUGGCAUUUCUGAGCAGCACAGGCACUCUGAGGGGAUUUUGUGCCAGGGCUGGUACCUGCCCUGCUCAGGCUGACCCAGGGGCUCCCCACAUGCUGCUCUCUUUAGUCUACUCCGUUGUGAUGUACUUGUGGGUCAGUGAGCUUCCCCCUGCAAACAGCCUCAGCAUCCCUCAGGAGUGUGGGCUCAUCCCCUCUUUUAGGACUAAGUAGUAGGAGUAAAACACUUCUAAAUGCCUGGAGAGCCUGCCUGUGGUCACGUGGGGAUCCUCCUGGGCCAAGAGGGAGAGUUGCUGCUCUCCAGGGACCACAACAAUUCUUUUCUUAGGUCAAAAGCGAGGUCUGCCCAGCCUGGCUUGUGGCAUUGUCUGGGACAGAGCAUGGCAGUGCCUUCUUCUCGUGAUGUUUCCCCUUCCCCAAUCUCCUGGUUUCUCCUCCAGAAUAUUCUCUAGAGGGGAGGGGAAACACCCCAAACAAAUGUCAGUUUUAGUGCUCAAAACGUAACAGGGCACCCCAACAGCAAAGCACAACUAAUUCCUCACCUGACUGUGGCUCAGGGAGCAAUUUUUGGUGGUUCCCACACCGUAACUUAUCUUAAUGGGAAUGACUCAGGCCAACUGCCUCCAGAUGAUGAGCUGUGGAGGUGUUUUAUGGCAGCCCGCUCGGGUGACGGGUCCUGGAGUCACCGGGGAGAGGCGGCGCUUGCCAAAGCUUCCCUGGUGGCUCAGAUGGGAGCUCACUGCGCUGUCAACCACGGUGGGCGACCUCGAGCUGAAACCAGCCACGGGAAUGGGAUGAACUGGCGCUGCCAACGUGGCUUCGGGUCUGAAGAGCUGCAGGAAGCAGCUGGUGCUUGUAGGGGCUGCGUCGGCAGCUCCCGCCCGUGAGACAGAGCCAGCACAGAAGAGAACUGAGCCUUGUAGACACAGCAGAGCUGGUGGAGGUUGGUUAAAAAGUGACACCUUGGGAGCUGCAGAAGGAUUGUCUGGGCUGAGCAGACGUAGAGAGCUGGGAGAGGCACGCAGGAGGGUGAGGUCUCCUCUGCCGACAGCAGGACUUUGCACGAGAGGAGCCCGGGAAGCGUCCACCACGGGCUGCGGAUUCACGGCAGGGUCCCCGUGGUGACUUCAGCCCCGUUGCUGUGUGUUGUAGGGACCAGUGGCCUGGGGAAGUACCACGGCAAGUUCUCCUUCGACACCUUCUGCCACCAGCGCGGCUGCCUCCACCGCAACAUGGGCCUG